UUCAGCUGUUAAACAUCCCAGCAGCUCCCGUGUCUAAAUGUGCGUCAGGGCUUUAUAAACACCAGCAGCUGAUGAAACAGUAUAUACAGUAAUAGUUUUUUUUUUGUACUGAACAGCCAGGACAAAGAUACUAUCUCCGCCCUAUUUCCAGUUUAAGGUGUAUUAUUCCUAAAAAUGUCUGUUCAACUUCCAAAUAGUGUGACUUCCAUUGUAUUUAAAAAGCGUUUUUCCAAGUCAAGCCGCUGCUUUAUAUCAAACAGACUUUUCCUUAUACCGUAAUUCCUGACAAUGGCUCAUUCCCAGCAGGACCUAAUCAACUGUUCUUUCUCCAAAGCCACACAGCUUUACCCAAGUCCUGUACUGUCAAAAGGGAGCUUAAGUAAAGGAAAUGAGUCUGGUCCGCUUGCCCACCUGACAGUUCCAACAGGUAUAGAAUCUGUAAGACCUUGUUUUUGUUUCCGUUACCGCUGACAUACAUUGGUGUCAAGCUGAAGGUCAUUCUUUGAAGCAAGACUAAUAAUACGGCCUCUAAUAGCAGGGGGUCUUUUCAUGUACAGUAUGUUUUGACGUUUGUUUGUUUUUACUAAAAAAGGUACAAUCAAGCCCAGGAAUGCCUUUAAAGGUGUGCCAGUCUUGGCGUGGCGCUUUAUUAAAUCAAGAUUCCUGCAUGCCCACCCAUUGGUAUGGAGGACCAAAACUGCCAAAAUAAUAAAUAAAUAAAUACAAGUGGAAAUAAAAACAAAAAUGAAAAAAAAAAAAAUCAAAAAAUUAAAUACAAAAAAAAUAAUAUAAAUGGAAAUAAAAACAAAAAUAAAAAAAUAUAUACAUAAAUAAAUAAAUAGAUAUAAAUAAACAGAUAAUAAAUAAACAGUUCAACCCAAGACACACUUAGGACCGCCCCCUCAUUUGAAUAGUUUUUCCUUCUGCAUUUCAAGCUGACAUUGUCUGCAGCAUGAAAUAAAUACAUAUGAGAGCAGAGUGCUUUUAUUUAUUGAUUGAUAUGUAAUUCUAUUAAUAUAUUUAUUUUUGUAUUUAUUUUUAAUUUUUGAAUCUUGUUUUUAUUUUUGUAUUUAUUUUUGCUUUUAUUUAUUUAUUUAUGAAUAUAUUUUUUUUAUUUUUGUUUUUAUUUCCAUUUAUAUUUAUUUUUUUGUAUUUAAUUUUUUGAUUUUUUUUUCAUUUUUCUUUUUAUUUCCACUUUUAUUUAUGUAUUUAUUAUUUUGGCAGUUUUGGUCCUCCAUAUAUUGGUGCCAUCUUUAAGAAGUCAAUGUAGUCCAGUGAGCUCUGCAGGCCCACAACAUCGCAUGCGGAGGAAGUAAAGAAGCAGUUACUCUGGGGGUUGAAAAGAAAAAAAAAAGAAAAAAAAAAACAGAACAGUGCGCUCUUUUCUUCCCUCUUCGGUUUAAUUUAUGUAACCUGAGAUGGUGUAGAACCCGUCCGGUAACCCAUCUGAUAAUCACACUAUUGUCCAAACAGCACAAGACUUUCAUUCCAAGUCAGAUCCUCAGUGAGUAAACAAGAAUGUUGCGUCGGUGGUGUUUGUCCGGUGAGGCGUUUGUGCGUCUACCGGACUGUCUGCCUUCAAAAACGGAUCCACAUGCAGGUCUUUUGUAUGCGGGAACAGGCAGAACAAGUCAGACCACAUGGGCCCCUAAAUGAGUACACAGUGCACAAAAGAGAUGAGCAGGUGCGGGGAAGCUGGAAAGUACCACGCACUCUGAACAGCACUUGGUCACCGUAUUCCAUACUGGCUACAAAAACACAACAAUCUGCACGGAUUCUAUUGAAACAGCUUUAAAAAGGAGCUUAGCCUCAUCUUUGCGUACAUGCAAAGUCAUCCUGUGGCUGAUUGUGUCGGAUCAUGCAGUUCCCUCCCACCCAUCAGUCAGAGACAUAGGAAGUCAUGUGACGUGAUGGUCAGUGGCGGAACAGAAACAUCGGCUUGGAUAAGUGGCACAUUCAGAGCGCCUGCCUUCCUAUGUGAGCCGUGUAACCAAUGGCAACCUCAGUCCAAACUCUUCCUCGUCCGAGUAAAAACUUCCAAAACCCAUUCCCGGCACCGUCUUUUGCACCGCGCUGCAGCAUGGGAAGUGUCGGCAGUCUGGUGGAGAGGCCGGAUGUCUCUCCGACUAAAGUGAACCGAGCUGUGCCCCAAGUCAGGCCCAAACAGUCCAGCAGCCUCCUGAAGAAAGGCUUCGCUCAAAGAGAGCUCCUCAACUACCUCAAUAUCGCCAGAAAAGAACCCAGAAGCAACCAGAGUGGCGGCGCCAAGAAAGACAUCAUCACCUCUGUUGGCGGACGGGAGGAAGAGAACCUGUAUGCUCGGGUCUUCCACAAAGAUGGCACUGAGAUUGACUUGACAAAGAACUCACUCCCAAGUGGGGGCAAGUAUGAAAAGGCUCGUUUGAGGUCAUCCGCAUUCAAACCUGUCACCCCCAAAAACUUCAGCUCCAUGCAAAACCUGUAUCCAUCUUCUAAAUCAGAGGAAUUGGACCACGGUCUCUCCAAUGGGCUGCACAGAGCCUAUGGCCAUGUCACCAAAGCCGUGUCCAGCUCCUCUUCCUCCUCAUCACCCUCUCGCCAUGGAGGGCCAAGCACUGGUAACAAGGCUCAUUCUUCAGCGCGUGGGGCGAGCCAAGAGGAUGACAAUCUAUCGGACUCGGGCCAUAACUCCAUGACCAGCCUGCCGCCAUACCGUCCCCCGUUCCGCCCACACCUGGCUCACAUCAGCGCAUCCAUGGGUCAUAUCAACACCAUCGGUUCACUGGAUCGCACCUCGUUUGGCGGCAAGGCUGUUGGCUCAGGGGGCGUGGCUUUAGGGGAGAUGGCGUGUCGCAGCAUGGCCACGCUGAGCCGCUUGGUGCCAUACGGAGGGGAGGCGCCGCCUCCAUAUGAUUGGACUCUCUCCAUGUCUGUUGAAGAAGUGGUGCGGGAUCUUGAGGAACGUCUGGUGGAGAAAGAACACGAGCUAAAGCAGAUGAAAAGAAACCUGGACGAGAGCGAGGGUGCUAUAGCUCAGGUAUUUGAAGGCAAACAACGUCUGUGGGAGAAGGAGGUGGAGGAGCUGAAGCGCCUCUACGCCGCGAAGCUCCGACAAGUUUCCCAGCAUGCCCAGCAAUCCCAGCGAGGUCUCCAGUUGCAGCUCUACAAAGCUCAGCAGGAGAAGAACCGGCUUCAAGAAGAGCUGGAUAUUGGGAAAAUAGGAACAAGCCAGGAUGGAGUAAACAAGGAGAAGCCCAUCAGUCCGACCCUGGAGGAGACACAGUGGGAGGUUUGCCAGAAGUCGGGAGAGAUCGCUUUGCUCAAGCAGCAGUUCCGAGACUCUCAAGCUGAGGUGACGCAGAAGCUGAGUGAGAUAUUCCAGCUGAAGACGCAGCUGAGGGAGACGCGUAUGGAGCUGAGGAACAGGGAGAGCCAGAUAGAUGCUCUGAAGGUCAUCGUGCAAAGCUCCCAGCAGCAUAGACGACCUUCUCAGAGUGCCAGUGACCACGGAAAAGGAGAGGAGAUCCCUGGGGCGGGAGGAGGCUGUGUGGGCCCGAAUGAGGAGCGUCUGCGCGCCGAGCUGCUGCUGGAGCGCCGCCAAAGCGAGGCCCAGGCCAUGGCUUUCGAGGAGGAGAGGCAGACAUGGCAGACAGAAAAGGACAAGGUCAUCCGCUACCAGAAAGAGCUGCAAGCCAGCUAUUUAGAGAUGUACCACCGCAACGCAGAGCUGGAGAGGGAGGUGUACCAGCUGAGAGUCGACCGAGAACAAGGAGGAGGAGGAGGAGGGAGCACGCAUGGGACUUUGGAAAGAGAAGCGCCAGAGCUGAAGAGUGAACAGGAAGUGGAAAAACAGAAGGACACCCCAUCCUCGGGUUUGCCAUGGAUAGACAGGAUUGAAUCCUCUGAAAUUUAAAUGACUUUUAUUUUUGUUGACGGGAAAGACAAGGCCUGCUUGGACCAAAAAUAGGAGAAGAUAGAAUAUCAACUUUUAUAUUCAGGAUAUUGACCCAAGAUAUUGUGUCAAAUGUUUGAUACGUAAUGAUUGUCAUCUGCUAGAAUGACGCACUAACGCUGAACAAUCAUACACUGCAACAACCAUAAUGGCUCGUAAAAAUAAUUUCAAUCAAUUAAAAAGACUUGCACCUAGGCACGCCCAUAUAAGGACUUCUCACCAGGCUCACUGUGAAGUCACAGGGAGCUAGUGUUAGAAAAAAAACUCUCUGAAUUGUAUAAUUCAGAACCUCCGUGGUGAAGGUGAAAGUUGGACUUACCUGGUGAGAGGCACGGUGGUCGAGUGGUUAGCGUGCAGACCUCACAGCUAGGAGGACCAGGGUUCAAUUCCAUGCGUGGUACUCCGGUUUCCUCCCACAUUCCAAAAACAUGCUAGGUUAAUUAGCGACUCCAAAUUGUCCAUAGGUAUGAAUGUGAGUGUGAAUGGUUGUUUGUCUAUAUGUGCCCUGUGAUUGGCUGGCGACCAGUCCAGGGUGUACCCCGCCUCUCGCCCAAAGACAGCUGGUAUAGGCUCCAGCACCCCCCGCGACCCUCGUGAGGAAAAAGCGGUAGAAAAUGAAUGAAUGAAUGACUAAAAAGAAAUUUUUUGUCUUGUACCUAGGCAUGCCCAUAUAAGGACUUCUCAUCAGGCUCACUGUGAAGUCACAGGGAGCUAGUGUUAGAAAAAACUCUCUGAAUUGUAUAAUUCAGAACCUCUGUGGUGAAGGUGAAAGUUGGUCGAGUGGUUAGCGCGCAGACCUCACAGCUAGGAGACCAGGGUUCAAUUCCACCCUCGGCCAUCUCUGUGUGGAGUUUGCAUGUUCUCCCCGUGCAUGCGUGGGUUUUCUCCGGUACUACGGUUUCCUCCCACAUUCCAAAAACAUGCUAGGUUAAUUAGCGACUCCAAAUUGUCCAUAGGUAUGAAUGUGAGUGUGAAUGGUUGUUUGUCUAUAUGUGCCCUGUGAUUGGCUGGCGACCAGUCCAGGGUGUACCCCGCCUUUUGCCCAAAGAAAGCUGGGAUAGGCUCCAGCACCCCUGCAACCCUCAUGUGGAAAAAGUGGUAGAAAAUGAAUGAAUGAGUUUGAUGUAUAUGACUAGCACGGCCCUACUGUACACAUCCUCCAUUAUCAAGCUCUUCCUAAAUGUGAAUCUGUACAUAAACAAACUAUUAUUGUGGGAAUAUUGAUGUUUUGACAAUAACCAAAGGAUUCUGAAGGGAUUUAACGGCGGCUUUGGGAAGCUUGCUGUGGAUUCAGGGAGGUAAGCUGUGUUGUGGAGGUUAAGUAUCCGGGACUAAAGCUGUCUGGUGCCACGACUGUAACACUAUUUGUAUUGACAUUGUGAAAAUGAGAAUGUUAAACCAUAUUUUAUCCCACGUUUCUUGUCGGAUUGAUGUAUUGAUGCCACCGAUUGACGCUUAUUGACUGAAUUUGCGGGACACUCCUAAUGCAUGAUUUUUUUUAACGCAGGCACAAGCAUUGAAAUAGCAGCUGUCAUUUCACUUUUCAGAAUACUACUGUGACUUUUAUCUGUUGUCUGAGAUCAAACUGCAAGGCAUAUAUCUGCUGCUCUGAAUAAAAAAUAAUUUCGAGUGUAAAAAAUUGUUUUUUUUU